AUGGCUGGUAAUUCAACAGAUGAGGAUGAAAAAUCAUAUCCUGUAUUUGAUCACAAGACUGAGAUGGAUGAUCCCAAAUUUGAGUUGGGACAGUUGUUUGCAACAGCUAAGAUUUUCAGAGAAGCAGUUAGGAUGCAAGCCAUAAUUCAGAGAAGGCCUAUAAAACAAUGCAGGAACUAUGGAGCUAGAGUGAAGUUUAUAUGUGAAGCCCCUUGUUCUUGGGUGAUAUAUGCCUCUAAAAUGCAACUGACAGAUACAUAUCAGAUAAAGGUGUAUGAUUCGAAUCAUACAUGCACACCAACUUUUCAUCAAAAACAGAUAAACUCUAGGUGGAUUGCUGAACACUAUGAAGAUGACAUUAGAAUGAACCCCACUUGGCCCUUGUCCUCAUUCCUGCAGAAGGUUGUAAAUGACUUGCAUUGUCAUGUUUCCAUUUUUGCAAUUGCUAGGGCAAAAAGAAAGGCAUUGGCAAAGAUUAAGGGCCAACAUGUUGACCAGUUUGGGAAAGUUUGGGAAUAUGGGAAUGAAUUACUUAAAGCCAUGCCAGACAGUACAAUUCAGGUGAUGACUGAAGAUCAAGUACUUGAAAAUGAUAGAAAGAGAUUCAAAAGGAUGUAUAUUUGCCUUGGUCCACUGAAGAGAGGGUUCACCUCAGGAUGCAGACCAUUAGUGGGGUUGGAUGGCUGCCACUUGAAAGGGCCUUAUGGUGGCCAGCUUCUUGCUGCUGUGGGUAUUGAUGCCAAUGAUGGCAUGUACCCAGUAGCUUGGGCUGUUGUGGAAGCUGAAAAUAAUGAUAGCUGGAAUUGGUUCUUGGCCAAUUUGAGAGAUGACCUUAGGGUUAUUAAUGAUGGGGCCUUCACAUUCAUUUCAGACAGACAGAAGGGACUAAUCAAUGCAUUGGAAGCUGUAUUCCCAGGUGCAGAACAUAGAUUCUGUGUCAUGCACCUAUAUAGGAAUAUGUGGAAAGAGCAUAAAAGUAUUGGAGUGAGGAGUUGUUUAUGGUUGGCAGCUAGGGCCACCACUGACUACACCUUCAACAAGCACAUGGAAGAGCUUAAAAAGUUGUCAAAAAAGUGUUAUGACUGGCUCAAUGAGAAGCCAAGAAGUCAGUGGAGUAGGAGUGCAUUCAGAGCAAUUGAUCAGAGCAAGGGGUGCAUUGUUGUGUGGAGUGGAGGGGCACGAUAUUGGUCACAAUGA